AUGGCAUUAGUACCAGUAAUGUUGGAAAUGUAUUUGGAGAUAAGUAUGGAAUCCCGCCUGGCAUCUCUCUUUCUAAUAUCCUCUUGCAUUCCAUUAUCACUCGCCCCAUCGCACUACAAACAAAUCGCACUGAGGCUGCGCCUCGAGCAGGGAGUUGAGCAGUGCGUGAGCGCGCGCGACCGGCGCCUGCGCGUGCGCCUGCGUGCGCGCCGCGCCCCCCGCCAGCAGCGGGUGCCGUCGCGCGCGGAUGUUCACGGGAAAAUCCAGCGCCCUUGCCAAUCGUACGACACAUUCUGCAUCCGCAAGUUCUUUGCACAGCACUCCCAAUGCAAGAUAUCUGGGAGACAAGUACCCGAGCCCCUAUUCCGAGCCCAAACCACGCUCAACAUCCCUAACACAAACGUUUCGGCUACAUUUAACAAUAUGGAGUACCGAGGAAUCAAAGACGGAAGAGUAGCAGAGUUUUAUGUUGACAAAGCGACAGACAACUUGGUUAUUGCUGUGGAUUUUAACCAAGUUACGUUUGGCUCUCAAACCUUAUAUUUGAAAUACUACCUCAGAGGUCGAGAACCGGUUGUAGUGGAGGACGCCGCUGGGGCUACGUUUGUGCAAGUAUCAGUAACGGCGGUGAUACCAGAUCUGAAAGACUUGAAGCUGGACCGCGCAGAAAUAUUCACGUAUAAUGGGGACCCUGUACCGCCGUUCCUUGCUGGACCUCGACUGGCGUUGAGUACAGAUCCAGAAGUAGUGACGAUGUUCGCCGGAACAGUCGCUAAUGUGCCAACGGAUGCCCAAGAAUCCUUAAUGACUGAGGGAGUUUUCUACAUUUUAAAUUUCAUUCAGUAUAAUAUUUGUGAUUUUGGUUUGAAGGUUAUUUAGUACUUCGUGACUGCUAUUAAAAGAUUAUCUUAUUAAAUUGUCUGUUUUUUUUAUUGAUACUGCACUGCCCAGUCCCAUUUGAGCUUAGCGGCAGUUUCAGCUACAUUAGUUAUUCCAGUUUUCGAGCGUAGUAUUGUAUUUUUAAUGCGAUCGGUUAACUUCACGCUCAGAAUACUACUCUACAUGGCUCGCUGACAAACCUUGAGUUGAAAACGUGCAUUGUAUGCUUUGUAUGAGGAACGGCGGUUUAAUACGAGUGAUGAAUUUAAGGAACAAGUAAAAAAAUAUUCGAAGAAGUUUAAAAUAGAUUGUCAUAUCGCUAAUUGUAAUUAUUUAAGGCACAGUAGUUAUUUGUUUUAUAAGGGGGCAAAGUUGUAGUUUAACCGCUCGUGCUAAUAUUGAUACCCGAGCAAACGAAAGAUGCCAAAACUGAACCACGAGCGUAGCGAGUAGUUUGAGAAGUGGAAUCUUGAGCGUUGCGAGGGUUUCAAGGCACGAAGGUUAAACAAAUUUUGCCUCCGAGUGAAAUACAAUUUUUUUUACCACACAUACCAACGCGAGGAAAACACUAACUAUGAAAUACCUAAAAAAUCAAUCCAAAUCAAAUAUCAUUCAAAAUCAUAAUUUAAAAGUCAAUUCUACCAGCUAAGGAUUUAACUCAAAAUUUGCAUCUGAUUACUUUGCCCCACAUGUGGAUAAAAUGCAACUUUCUCAUUAGUUUUCGAACAAUCAAGAGGACCUUUACCAGUUGGUGUGGUGAAAAAUAGAAAAUAAUUCGAAAGGGCUUGUCGCGAGGCCUACUUGAAUAAAUAAUAUUUUGAAGUUUGAAUAUAGAUGUAUCGUUUUAUCACCUCUAUAUCUCGUAUUUAUUUACUAAAAAACCUCUGUAACUCGAACAAAAUAAUAAAUAAGACUAUCAUUUUAUUUUUAGCAUUUGUGUAAUUACCUCUCAAAUAUGACUUUUUCAUAAAUUAGACCUCUAUAACUCUCAGGCCUAUUUAAGUCGAACAAAAAUCU